CCUCCCUCCGUCCCUCCCGCCCUCCCCUGCCCGGUAGCAGGUCUGGGCACGGUUCGCGGGAGCAACUUGGCGGCUCGUCCCCUUCCUCCCUCUCCCCGGGCCAGCGCGGCCGUGGCGGGCGGGCGGCCCCGCCGCUCCUAGAGCCGCCGCAGCCCCGGGAGCCGCCGCCGGGAUGAGCGUCCUCGCCUUCGACGACGCGGCCCUGGAGGGGCUGGCCCCGUCCCUCGGCCUCUCCGGGGCCAGCGACAUCGACACGGCGCUGCUCAGCGACAUCGACGACAUGCUCCAGCUGAUCAACACGCCGGACAACGACUUCUCGGGGCUGUUUGACUCACCGUUCGGUGCCCCCGACAGCGCCGUGCCCCCAGGGCUCCCCGCGGCCCCCAGCACCCUCAGCACCUACCUGGGACCCAGCAAGCCUCCCCCCGCCACCCCCAGUGGCAGCGUCUACCCGGGGCCCCCCGGGAUGGCCACCUUCACCCCGCAGCCCCCAGCCCCGCUGCUGCCGGCGCCGGCCCCGGGGGCCAAGGAGGAGCCGGCGGUUGCGCCCAGCAGCCAGCCCCAGCCCAGCGUGAUGCUGGCCCCCAGCUUCGUCCCCGCGUCCCCCGGCCAGUUCAGCCCCCAGCCCUUGGUGGGGUACCAGAACCAGCACGGCUUCUCCGCCGUGCAGCCCGGGGGUGCGGGGCAGACCCUACCCAGCCCCCUGCCCGCCCCACAGCCGGGCCAGCCCGUGGCACUGCCCGGCCCCGUGCAGAACAUGGCACCCCAGCAACUCUUGGCCCCCGCCACCCAGACCGUCUCAUCUCAGAUCCAACCGGUGCCGGUCCUGCUGCAACCCCAUUUCAUCAAGGCUGACUCCCUGCUGCUGACGGCCGUCAAGACCGAUGCUGGCAACGCCAAGACCUCCAGCAUCGCCUCCUUGGCCACCAGUGCCAGCGGCUCUGCCACCUCACUGCAGGUGCCGGCGCUGGUGAGCGGAGGGACCAUCCUGGCCACGGUGCCGCUGGUGGUGGACGCCGAGAAGUUGCCCAUCAACCGGUUGGCACCCAGCGGGAAGCCGGCGCUGGUGCAGAGCCGGGGGGAGAAGCGCACGGCGCACAACGCCAUCGAGAAACGCUACCGCUCCUCCAUCAACGACAAGAUCGUGGAGCUCAAGGACCUGGUGGUGGGCACCGAGGCCAAGCUCAACAAGUCGGCGAUCUUGAGGAAGGCGAUCGAGUACAUCCGCUUCCUGCAGCAGAGCAACCAGAAGCUGAAGCAGGAGAACCUCACCCUGAAGAUGGCCGUGCAGAAGAACCAGUCCCUGAAGGACCUGGUGGCCUCCUGCAGCGGGGGGGCCAAGGCGGAGGCCCCCGUGGAGGUGGUGAAGGCGGAGGUGAUGGAGAUGCUGACACCGCCGCCCUCGGACGUGGGCUCGCCGUCCCACAGCAGCCCGCUCUCGCUCAGCGGGGGCAGCGGCAACAGCAGCGGCAGCGACUCGGAGCCCGACAGCCCCCGCUGCCACCACGGCGAGGUGAAGCAGGAGCGCCCACCACCCUCUCCCAGCAGUCAGGGCAUGCUGGACCGUUCCCGCAUGGCCCUCUGCGCCUUCGUCUUCCUCUGCCUCUCCUUCAACCCCCUGGCCUCCCUCCUCCGGGGGUCCGGUGCCCCGGCCCCUGCCGGGAGCCCCGGCACCGCUGGUCCCAGCAGGAGCAUCAUGGCUGAGUCCAGCAUCGUUGAGGAGCCGUGGGGGUGGGCGCAGUGGCUCUGGCCCACCCUGGCCUUCUGGGCGCUGAACGCGGCGCUGGUGCUGGGGGCGGUGGUGCGGCUCUUCGUCUGCGGGGAGCCCGUCACCCGCCCCCACUCCGAGCCCUCCGUCCUCUUCUGGCGGCACCGACGGCAGGCCGACCUUGACCUUGACCGGGGCGACUUUGCCGAGGGAGCCCAGCACCUGCGGACGGCCCUGGCAGCGCUGGGACGGCCGCUGCCCGCCUCCCACGGGGACCUGGCCUGCAGCCUGCUCUGGACCCUGCUGCGCCACCUCCUCCAGCGCCUUUGGGUGGGCCACUGGCUGGCCGCCCGCGCCGGGGGGCUGCGCCCGGACCCCCCCCCCCGCGCCCACGUCCGUCAGAGCGCCCGCGACGCCGCCAUGGCUUACCACCGCCUGCACCAGCUCCACCUCGCCGGGAAGCAAGCCGGGGGGCACUUGCUGGCCAUCAACCUGGCGCUGAGCGCCGUCAACCUGGCCGAGUGCGCCGGCGACGCCGUCUCCGUGGCCGCCCUGGCCGAGAUCUACGUGGCGGCCGCCCUGCGGGUCAAGGCCAGCUUGCACCGCUGCUUCCACUUCUUGGCGCGCCCGUUCCUCUGCAGCGCCCGCCGCGUAGCCCUGUCCCACGGCGGGGCCGUGCCCCCCGCCAUGCAGUGGCUCUGCCACCCCUUGGGCCACCGCUUCUUCGUCGACGGGGACUGGGCCGUCAAGGGCAUCCCGAGAGAAACCAUCUACAGCUCCGCCGGCAACCCAGUGGACCCGCUGGCACAGGUCACCCAGCUUUUCCGCGAGCACCUCUUGGAGAAGGCGCUGUGCUGCGUGGCCGUGCCCGAGCCCGGCCGCCCCGCUGCCCAGGGAGAGGGGCGCUUCUCCGACGCCCUCGAGUACCUCCAGCUGCUCAACGGCUGCUCCGACGCCAGCGGCGUGCCCGGCCCUGCGCCCUCCAUCAGCUCCGGCUUGGCGGCUGUCACGGGCACCGACCCCGUGUCCAAGUGGUGGGCGGCCGUCAUCGGCACAGUUAUUCACUGGCUGCGGGGAGACGAAGAGGGGGCUGAGCGCCUCUACCCGCUGGUGGAGACCAUGCCCCGGGCUCUGCAGAGCUCUGAAAAACCCCUGCCCCGCGCCGCCCUGCACUCCUUCCGAGCCGUCCGAGCCAUGCUGAGCAAACAAGACGGGAGCCAGGCCAGCCUGAACCACUGCGAGAAGGCCAGCGGCUGCCUGCGGGAGAGCCUGGAGCUCGGCAGCCCCCCCAAAGGCACCAUCGACAAGGCGGUCCAGCUCCUGCUCUGCGACCUCCUCCUCGUCACCCGCACCAACCUGUGGCAGCAGCAGAUGAGCGCCAGCCAGCAGCGCAGUUGCCUCUACCAGGCCUCCGCCGUCGAGCUCCGCGGCUUCCAGCAGGACCUCCGCAGCCUGCGCCGCUUGGCCCAGACCCUCCGCCCCGCCAUGCGCCGGGUGUUCCUGCACGAAGCCACAGCCCGGCUCAUGGCCCGUGCCAGCCCCACGCGCACCCACCAGUUGCUGGACCGCAGCCUGCGGAGGAGAGGGGUGCAGGGCAGCAAAACGGCCGGUGAGCCGGAGAGUCACCCCACGCCGCGGGAGCACGCCGAGGCUCUGCUCCUGGCCUGCUGCUACCUCCCACCCAGCUUCCUCUCGGGGCCGGGCCAGCGCGUGGGCAUGCUGGCCGAGGCCGCCCGCACCCUGGAGAAGCUGGGUGACAAACGGACGCUGCACGACUGCCAGCAGAUGAUCAUCAAACUGGGCAGCGGCACCACCGUCACCUCGGGCUAGCUGGGGAGAGGCGGGGGGGGGGGGAGGGCACGCUGCUAGCCCCCCCUGCUAGCCCCCCCUGCUAGCCCCCCCUGCUAGCCCCCCGAGGGAUGUGGGGAAGCUGGGUGGUGGGGAGGUGCGUGCCUCAGUUUCCCCACUCGGGCAAGUGUUAGGGAGCAGGUUUUAAGGAGGGUGUGAGGGAAGGUGGGGAAGGGGGCAGGGUGAUGCCCUGACACGGGAUGGGGGUGCAGCCACGCGUGGGGCAGCGUGCGUGGGCUCAGCCACUCACCCCACGGUUGUGUCCCUACCCCCAGCCCGCUCGGGCAGCGGGACGUGGGGACCUCUAGUGACACUGUCCCGGUAUUGCAUGGCGAGGGGAUGCGGGGCCACCCCCCCCCGCCCCCCCCCCCCCCAAUGCCACCGCGUCCCCCCCACCUCCCAGUGCCCUGGCACGGGGCGGGGGGGGGGACACACCUGUCCUCUCCCCCCUCCCCUGAUGUCCCCUACCCGGCCCCCCGAAAUCCCACUACUACCGGGGGGGGGGGGGGGGGGAGAGUUUGGGGCGCCUCAGCUUUGCUCCCAGUAUGGGUGAUGGUGAAGGGCUCUCUUCCCAGUCAGGCAAAAGGGGGACCCCCAGCCUGUCCCCACCCCCCCCCGCCCCCCCACCAAGCACUGACCAGUCGUCCCCCCCCCAGUUUGGAGCUGCCCCCACUCCUGGGCACAAGCGCUUCCAGAGAAGGGAGGGCAGGGUGGCCUGGGGCUCCCGGGGGGGGCCGGGGGGGUGCUGGUGGGUGGCCCCAUCCCCUUGCUUCACCCCUUCUUGUACAUAGCCCCCCCCCCCCCGCCCCCCACUUGCCUUUUUAAACGGUAUUUUCAUAGUUGGAGAGUUUUGUACAGACAAUUAAAGCUGAUUAUUUAUA